AUGAAGCCAAGAAAUUGGAAUAAGACGUUAGACCAAGCUUUGUGGGCAUGUCGAGCGUCACCAAAAGAAGCAACUGGAACAACUCCAUUUCGACUGGUAUAUGGGCAUGACGCAGUGUUGCCAAUAGAGAUUCAGUUUCAGGCAGUCAGAACCCAAAGGCAAUAUGAAAUACCUUCUGAAGAUUAUUGGAGCAUGAUGAAAGACGAGCUGGUCGACUUAGAUGAGGAAAGAAUAUUAGCCUUGGAUUCCCUACGAAGGAAAAAAGAAAAAGUCUCUGGAGCCUACAAUAAAAAGGUGAAAGGAAAAAUGUUUGCUGUCGACGAUCUAGUUUGGAGAGUGAUCUUGCCUAUGGAUAGAAAUGAUAGAGUUUUGGGUUUUUUUUCUAAUAACGCCUACGAGGGCGAGGAGUUGGCACCAGAUAGGAGAAUCCUAAGGGUGAAUGGAAAGUACUUGAAAAAAUAUAGGCCUCUUCUUCAAGAGGUCAAGAUUUUGACAAACUAA